GAGACCCUCACCUCACGCAUCCAGAAUCCUGGAUCAGUUCUAGAUCUUCCCUUCUCUGCUCCCGGCCCAGAUUCCGGCUCCCGCUUCCUGCCCGGAGCUUGUUGAAGGGCGCAAGCCGUUCGAUCUCCAUGCUCAAUGGAUCAGCCCUCUCGUCGUGGCCCGAGAUGCUAGUUUGGCUUCUUGGUCUUGAUUCCCAGCGCUCCCAGCCUCCACAAGCUCGACUACUUUCAGAGUUCUAGGAAGCUUGCCCCACCCCCUGGGUUGUCACUCUCGGCUGUCUACCCAGAAUGGAGUCCAGACUUGAGCCUUUCGCCCAACUCUGGGGUGUGAGAUUAUUUCCUGGCGGAGAAGCUCCUUUCCUCCGGCCCCCGCCCUCACACUGACUUUCGGAAGAUACAGGGGAAGAAGGGGUCACCUGUCAAGCUGAGUGUUGUGACCGGUGCAAAGCUUAGGAUUUGGAAGAACAGUACCUGAGAUGGCUUACGUUUAAAGAAUUCCAGUCCAGGAGCAGCUCAGCGUUUCUGUAAUCAAGAUGACCCUCUCUAGCAAAUGGGAGAGGCCCAUUGUUCCACUCCAGCGGCUGUGAACUCUCCUGCUUCUUGUGCCGCAUCUGUCUGUAGAGUAGUCGGAAUAAGGCUGUUUAGAUGUGAGACCAAGUGGGGAUGCACUCAUAAUGAACGUCAACCAGUCAGCUCCACCUGUGCCGCCAUUUGGGCAGCCCCAGCCUGUCUACCAAGGGUAUCAUCAAUCCAGCUAUGGUGGGCAACCAGGGUCCACAGCCCCCACCACUCCCUAUGGAGUUUACAAUGGCCCAGUACCAGGCUAUCAGCAAACACCCCCCCCAGGUGUGUCACGAGCCCCACCUUCUUCAGAGGCACCUCCAGCCUCAACAGCACAGGCCCCUUGUGGCCAGGCUGCAUAUGGCCAGUUUGGCCAAGGAGAUGUACAGAAUGGGCCAAGCUCCACUGUUCAGAUGCAGAGGUUCCCUGGGUCUCAGCCCUUUGGGUCAGUCCCAUUGGCCCCUGUGGUCAGCCAGCCAACUGUGCUUCAGCCCUAUGGCCCUCCCCCGACAAGUGCACAGGUGACUGCUCAGCUGGCCGGAAUGCAGAUCAGUGGUGCUGUGGCCCCAGCCCUUCCCCCUGUGGGGCUAGGCUAUGGCUCACCAGCAUCACUGGCCUCAGCCUCAGGAAAUUUCCCCAACCCUGGUCUGUAUGGCUCUUAUCCUCAGGGCCAGGCUCCUCCCCUUAGCCAGGCCCAGGGUCAUCUUGGGGCCCAGCCUCCCCAGCGAUCUGCCCCACCACAGGCCUCCACCUUCACAUCCCCAGCUUCAGGGGGUCCUCGGAUGCCUUCGAUGACUGGUCCGUUCCUGCCUGGACAGGGUUUUGGGGGGCCCUCAUUGAGCCAGCCCAACCACGUGUCCUCGCCUCCUCCUCAAGCUCUGCCUCCUGGCACCCAAAUGACUGGGCCGCCAGGACCACCACCACCUAUGCACUCCUCCCAGCAGCCAGGCUAUCAGCUGCAGCAAAAUGGUUCCUUUGGACCAGCCCGGGGUCCUCAGCCCAAUUAUGGAAGUCCCUACCCAGGAGCACCCACUUUUGGCAGUCAGCCUGGGCCUCCUCAACCACUGCCUCCUAAACGCCUGGAUCCUGAUGCCAUCCCAAGCCCUAUUCAGGUUAUUGAAGAUGACAGGAACAACCGGGGUUCAGAGCCAUUUGUUACUGGAGUACGGGGACAGGUGCCACCCUUAGUCACCACGAACUUCCUGGUGAAAGACCAAGGGAAUGCAAGUCCCCGAUACAUCCGAUGCACAUCUUAUAAUAUCCCUUGCACAUCUGACAUGGCUAAGCAGGCUCAGGUGCCCCUGGCAGCUGUUAUCAAGCCACUGGCAAGGCUGCCACCAGAAGAGGCGUCACCCUAUGUUGUGGACCACGGGGAAUCUGGCCCCUUGCGCUGCAAUCGCUGCAAAGCAUAUAUGUGUCCCUUCAUGCAGUUCGUUGAAGGAGGGAGGCGCUUCCAGUGCUGCUUUUGCAGUUGUAUCAAUGAUGUUCCCCCCCAGUAUUUUCAACAUCUGGAUCAUACUGGCAAACGUGUGGAUGCUUAUGACCGUCCUGAGCUAUCCCUGGGCUCUUAUGAAUUCUUGGCCACUGUAGAUUACUGCAAGAACAAUAAGUUCCCCAGCCCCCCUGCCUUCAUCUUCAUGAUUGACGUCUCCUACAAUGCCAUCAGGAGUGGUCUUGUUAGGCUCCUCUGUGAGGAGCUCAAGUCACUGUUAGACUUUCUACCUAGGGAGGGAGGAACAGAAGAAUCAGCAAUCCGUGUUGGCUUUGUCACCUAUAAUAAGGUGCUCCACUUCUACAAUGUGAAGAGCUCAUUGGCCCAGCCACAGAUGAUGGUUGUAUCUGAUGUGGCUGACAUGUUUGUGCCGCUACUAGAUGGCUUCCUUGUCAACAUUAGUGAGUCUCGGGCAGUCAUCACGAGCUUAUUGGAUCAGAUUCCUGAAAUGUUUGCAGACACAAGGGAGACAGAAACAGUAUUUGCCCCAGUUAUUCAGGCUGGGAUGGAGGCUCUAAAGGCUGCUGAGUGUGCAGGGAAGCUGUUUCUGUUCCAUACCUCCCUGCCCAUUGCAGAGGCCCCAGGGAAACUGAAGAACAGAGACGACAGGAAGUUGAUCAACACAGACAAGGAGAAGACUCUGUUCCAGCCUCAGACAGGUGCCUAUCAGACCCUGGCCAAAGAGUGUGUGGCCCAAGGCUGCUGUGUAGAUCUCUUUCUCUUCCCUAACCAGUAUGUGGAUGUGGCCACACUCUCUGUUGUACCCCAGCUCACUGGUGGCUCUGUCUACAAAUAUGCUUGCUUUCAGGUGGAGAAUGACCAGGAACGGUUCCUGAGUGACCUCCGUCGGGAUGUACAGAAGGUUGUUGGCUUUGAUGCUGUGAUGCGCGUUCGGACAAGCACUGGUAUCCGUGCAGUAGAUUUCUUUGGGGCUUUCUACAUGAGCAACACAACAGAUGUGGAGCUGGCUGGGCUGGAUGGGGACAAGACGGUGACUGUGGAAUUCAAGCAUGAUGAUCGGCUCAAUGAAGAGAGUGGAGCCCUCCUGCAGUGUGCCUUGCUCUACACCAGCUGUGCAGGGCAGCGACGGCUCCGCAUCCACAACCUGGCCCUGAACUGCUGCACCCAGCUGGCUGAUCUGUAUCGAAACUGUGAGACUGACACACUCAUCAACUACAUGGCCAAGUUCGCAUACCGGGGGGUCCUCAAUAGCCCUGUAAAGACUGUUCGUGAUACUCUCAUCACUCAGUGUGCCCAGAUCCUGGCCUGUUACAGAAAGAACUGUGCCAGCCCCUCCUCUGCAGGACAGUUGAUUCUUCCUGAGUGCAUGAAGCUACUCCCAGUUUACCUGAACUGUGUGUUGAAGAGUGAUGUCCUGCAGCCUGGAGCUGAAGUCACUACUGAUGACCGUGCCUAUGUCCGACAGCUGGUUACUUCCAUGGAUGUGGCUGAGACCAAUGUCUUCUUUUAUCCUCGGCUCCUACCAUUGACAAAGUCUCCCAUUGAGAGUGCCACUGAACCGCCAGCAGUUCGAGCAUCUGAAGAGCGUCUAAGCAAUGGGGAUAUAUAUUUGCUGGAGAAUGGGCUCAACCUCUUCCUGUGGGUGGGAGCAAGUGUCCAGCAGGGUGUUGUCCAGAGCCUCUUCAAUGUCUCCUCCUUCAGUCAGAUCACCAGUGGCUUGAGCGAUUUGCCCGUUUUGGAUAAUCCGCUGUCCAAGAAAGUGCGAGGCCUCAUUGAUAGCUUAAGGGCACAGCGAUCACGGUACAUGAAGCUUAUCGUGGUGAAACAGGAGGAUAAGCUGGAGAUGCUGUUCAAGCACUUCCUGGUGGAAGACAAGAGCUUGAGCGGAGGAGCAUCGUAUGUGGACUUUCUCUGUCAUAUGCACAAGGAAAUUCGGCAGCUACUGAGCUAGAGCAAGUGGGUAAAUGGCAAUAGGGUCCCAGGCCAGCUUCCAGAAAGUAUCCCAGGAUGGCAGAGAAAUUGGAACAGUUCCGUAUCUAAGUCAUGUAAGCUGACCUCAAUCUCUUUGGGGGGUGGGGGAGGUAUAAGGAGACACCUUUCUGGGAUCAAGUAUCCUACCACUCUGUCAUGUCCUGCUGAUGGAAGGUGCCCCUAUCCCCUCACUUUAUCCUCCUUUUCCUGCUAAUCCUGUCGUAAUGAAUGUAGUUUCUCAGUUCACAGUAUAUGAUUCGGUGUUGGGGGAUUUGGAGGCACCCAGACUCUGGCAAUAUUAUGUGUCCCCUUGGACCAGCCUCCAAGAAGAGAGGGGCCAGCCUCCAAGAAGAGAGGGGCAGGCAGGAAGGAGUGGAAAUCCCAGGGUUACCAUGGGGGGGGUGUGCUAAUUCAGCUCAGUGUCAUCAACAACUUCCUAUAUUAGGGAUGAAACAUACAGGUGCACAAGAGCUGGGGUAUAGACCAUAGAUGGUGGAGAGAAAAGUGGUUGGUCAGUCCUUCUUGGGCCUAGAAAUCAGCAACCAAGUCAAAAGUUAGGGAGAGUGGCUGAUUAGCUUUUCUCUCUUUCCUGUAAUGAUUGGUGAUCACUCAGUGGAUAGAGGCACAUUGUCACAGGUGAAUGAGCCUGGGAAAUGAAUUGCAAAGAUUAGGACCUGGAAGAGGUACCAGCCUCUUUUCCAGCUGGAGAGGCUCCAACACUGGAUAGUUCUGUAGGGAGCCUGGUCAUCAACUUGCAAUACCUCACAGAGCCAGCCCCUCUCCCACUCUGUGCUCGCACUGGAAACACUGAUUCUCCAAGCUGGGAGUUAUUGGGGAGAGAGGCAGAGGUGGCUGGAGCUCUGUUCUCUCCUGCCCGGACACCACUCGAGCUGUGGUAUUGACAGAGUGGCUGACAGCUAUCUUCCAACCUGAACUGGCUGGGGCAGGACAAGGGCUAGGCUUGAUGGUGGCCAGGCUUGUCUGCUCCCAGCCUGGGAUGCCCUGCUCUGGACCUCUCAUUUCUCUUCAUUGGUUUAUUUUUCAAUGCAUCUUUAAUUUGUAAAGAAAUAAAAUAAAUUAAGAUGUAACAGCCUCA